AUGGCGAGGCCACGCCCCCGCCCCUCCCCCCAGGGCCUGGAGCUCCGCCCCUCCCCCCGCGGGUGGGGCCGGCGCAAAGAGCGCGAGCGGCUGGAGGAGAUGAAGCAGGAGCUGGAACUGGACGAUCACAAACUGGACGUGAAGGAGCUCGAGAUCAAAUACGGCACGAGCGUCACCAAGCAAGCCACGGUGGUGCGGGCGGGGCAGACGCUGCAGGUGAACGCGGCCGAGCUCGUGCGCGGCGACCUGGUGGAGAUCAAGGGCGGCGACCGAGUCCCGGCCGACAUCCGCGUGCUGGCGGCGCAGGGCUGCAAGGUGGACAACUCCUCGCUGACCGGGGAGUCGGAGCCGCAGACGCGCUCACCUGAGUGCACCCACGAGUCGCACCUGGAGACGCGCAACAUCGCCUUCUUCUCCACCAUGUGCCUGGAAGGUACGGCCACGGGGCUGGUGAUCGGCACGGGCGAGCGCACGGUGAUCGGGCGCAUCGCCAGCCUGGCCUCGGGCGUGGAGAACGAGAAGACGCCGAUCGCGGUGGAGAUCGAGCACUUCGUGGACAUCAUCGCCGGCCUGGCCGUCUUCUUCGGCGCCACCUUCUUCGUGGUGGCCAUGCUCAUCGGCUACCCCCUGCUGCGCGCCAUGGUCUUCUUCAUGGCCAUCGUGGUGGCCUACGUGCCCGAGGGGCUGCUGGCCACCGUCACGUUCUGGGGGUUUGAGGAGCUCUUCAUGGCCAUCGUGGUGGCCUACGUGCCCGAGGGGCUGCUGGCCACCGUCACGCGUGACGUCAUCGGUGACGCGUCGGAGUCGGCGCUGCUGAAAUUCGCGGAGGUGACGUCGGGGCCGGUGGCGGCCGCCAGGGGGCGCUUCCCGAAGGUGGCGGAGCUGCCCUUCAACUCCAGCAACAAAUUCCAGGUGUCGGUGCACGAGGCGGGCCCGCAGCAGCUGCUGGUGCUCAAGGGCGCCCCCGAGCGGGUCCUGGAGCGCUGCCGGGGUUACCUGCGGGCGGGGGAGGAGCGGCCGCUGGACCCCGAGUGGAGGCGGAGCCUGGAGGGGGCGUGUCUGGAGCUGGGGGGGCGGGGCGAGAGGGUGCUGGGGUUCUGCGCCCGCUGGCUGCCCGCCGGCACGGUGGCCGCGGGGACGCCGCCCGAGGCGCUGGCCGAGGUGGCCACCGGGCUCUGCUUCGCGGGGCUCGUGUCCCUCAUCGACCCGCCCCGGGCCACCGUGCCCCAGGCCGUGCGCAAGUGCCGGACGGCCGGGAUCCGGGUGAUCAUGGUGACCGGUGACCACCCGGUGACGGCCAAGGCCAUCGCGGCCGCCGUGGGCAUCAUCUCGGAGGGCAGCGAGACCCCCGAGGACGUGGCGGCGCGGCUGCAGGUGCCCCUCGAGCAGGUGGAGCCCAGGCAGGCGCGGGCACGGGUGGUGACCGGCUCCGAGCUGGAGCUGUGGGUGUGUCAGUGGUGGCUCAGGGCGGCCGACAUGAUCCUGCUGGACGACAACUUCGCCUCCAUCGUCACCGGCGUCGAGCAAGGCCGGCUGAUCUUCGACAACCUGAAGAGUGUGAUCCAGUCCCUGGCCGGUUUCACCGAUUACUUCGUGGCCAUGGCUCAGGAGGGUGUGAUCCAGUCCCUGGCCGGUUUCACCGAUUACUUCGUGGCCAUGGCUCAGGAGGGUUGGUGGCCGCUGCUGGUCCUGGGGCUGCGCCCGCGCUGGGAGGACGCGCACGAGCAGGAGCUGCAGGACAGCUACGGCCAGCAGUGGACCUUCGGGCAGCGCAGGUACCAGCAGUACACCUGCUACACCGUGUUCUUCAUCAGCAUCGAGGUGUGCCAGAUCGCCGACGUGCUGAUCCGCAAGACACGCCGCCUCUCCCUGCUGCAGCAGGGGCUCUUCCGGAACCGCACGCUGCUGGUGGCCAUCGUGUUCCAGGUGUGCAUCGGCUGCUUCCUCUGCUACUGCCCGGGGAUGCCCAACGUCUUCAACUUCAUGCCCAUCAGGUUCCAGUGGUGGUUGGUGCCGAUGCCCUUCGGCCUCCUCAUCCUCGUCUACGACGAGAUCCGGAAACUCGGCGUGAGGAGACGCCCGGGCAGUGAGUGA